UGUAAACCUUUGUUACGUAGGUAACUUACCCGCCUACUUUGUCUUUGUAAAGUGGCUUGAAAUAAGAUAUUUGACAUUGACAGAAUGAGCUGGUAAGCAAAAAUGUAAAUAAAUAUUAAAUUUCUUAUGUUAAAUGUUGAUGUUAUAACGUUUAAACAUUUGGAAGCUAGAUAUUUAAAACAUUAGCAAUAUGACGUCAGCUUCAUCAAGCAGUGCCCGAUCUUUAUUCGCCGAAUCUAAGCAACGGUUAGCAGAGAGAGUUCAAGUUAAUAUGAAUAAUAUAGCCUCGUUAGCUCGGCAGAUACAGAGAGGGUCCAGAUCAAACGAGCUCCUGUCUAAAGCUGCUCGUGAUUUUGCUACCACUGAACACUUGAUGGAAGGGAGUGAAGAAAAUCUCAAAAAAAUGCAAUUAAUUUCAGUUCAUAUGGGCUAUCAAUAUGAGAACAUACAUAAAUCUGCUCAAAUGUUAACUGAAAUUAAUGAACAAAUUGCAAUGAUGCAUAGAUGAUAAAAUAGUCAUAGUUAUUUUAUAAUUUUAAUUUUUAAUAAAGCUGCCUGUGGCUGAGGCUGUAGAUUCUACUGAGAAGUGUUACAAACAAUUGUAUUUUACUGUUUUAAUAUCAUCAGUUAAAAAUUAUAUUUAUUGUUAAUGUAACUAAUUUAUUAAAUUCUGGAUGUUAGUUAUUGUCUUGCAUCAGCAGUUAUUAUAAAUUAUGAAGACAACAAAAAAGAAAAAAGUUAAAAAUAUAUAUAUUUAGAAUGAAACUAAAACUGUAAAUGUUUAAUUUUGUUGUAUGCUAUGUAAAAAUGUAAUUAAGCAGAUUUAUUUAUUUUAGUAAGUUCUAAUUAGACUGCGGUAAAAAAUUAAAUGAUUUCUGCAAUUUAUCUUUAAUUUAAUUUUGUAGUAUUAUAAUCGAGAAUAUAUCUUGAACAUCAGUAAUAUUUUUACUAUAUAUGUGUUUCAUAGAUUAUUUAGAAAUAAUUAAAA